CCCACACAACGGUUCUAAGUCUACAUUGUAAUUAAGUUAACAUAUCAAAUUCAAAUCACCACACGUUGACCGUUAACUCAAAAAUAAAAGAAAAAAAAAAAACUUAAUAUUUUUUAAGAAAAACUAAAAAAACUAAAACCUGCUACACAAUGGCAGUACAAAACUCUAAAUUUCCCAACAGUGUUCUAAACUCGGCCUUUGUGCCAACAAGCGCUUACUACCAGCAUCUGAGUGCCGCCUCAGCCGCUAUAGCCGCCUAUGAAGGUUGGUCGCAUUUGGACUUUCUGUCGACACAGCUGGCUCACCCGUCGUCUACACCACCAGAUGAACUACUACAAAUGCACCAUUUAAGAUUUCCAACACCACCAAUAACACCACCAUACAAAAAUAGCGCUUAUAUGCUAGGUAUCAAUCCCCAUACGAAGGCGACACGCACGCGAUCGGUCAUAAUGAAAAUUGGACAAGAUCAAUUGGACAGCAAUUUGCCACCUACACCGGAACAUGUCGACGAUAUGGCUGUGGAUAUUGUUGGAUUAGAUGACGUGGCCACAAGCGCUGUUGCGUUGCGUCAUGAGGCAAUGACGACGAUGACGAGGACGACACCGACAUCGACGUCGACCACUAGCAGCGCCAGCUCGACCCCUCAACAUAGUGAAUAUGUUUGCGAAUGGAGCAAUUGCGGCAGAGAUCACAACACACUCGAAGCCCUAGCCGCUCAUGUUACCAAAGUGCAUGGAGUCGCUUCACCUGCCGAUGGCUUAUACUAUUGUCGUUGGAUUGGUUGUACACGCAUGCGCGGUUUUUCUGCACGCUACAAGAUGCUCGUACAUGCACGCACACACACCAAAGAGAAGCCCCAUCAGUGCCAUCUCUGCGCGAAAAGUUUUUCACGUGCAGAGAAUCUUAAAAUACACAUUCGCUCGCAUUCGGGCGAGAAGCCAUACCUCUGUACUUAUGAAGGCUGCAACAAAGCCUAUUCAAACUCCUCGGAUCGUUUCAAGCACACACGCACGCAUGCCAUGGACAAACCGUAUAUGUGCAAAGUGCCCGGUUGUCAAAAACGCUACACAGAUCCUUCAUCAUUGCGCAAACAUGUUAAGACAUUCAAACAUGCUGUGCAACUGAUUGGUACCGCCGCUGUUACACCUAUGAAAAGUGCCAUGAUUGGUGGUGGUAUGGAAGUGGCCACAGCGGCGCAGGCUGUUGGUGCUGCUGGUGGUGAUGGUGCUGCUGCUGCUGCUCGACAGACACAUCGAUCGAGCCUAAUUUCAUCGCCAAUGCAAAAUGUGGUAAACACUGCGGGAAACCAUCAUUUGCAUGCUAAUGCUUACAGCAAUGAUUACAGCGAAGCGGCGUCACCGCGGUGUCAGCUCUGCGUGCCGCCACCACCAGCGCCCCAUUACUAUCUCAAUGCCAUGGAAGAGGAUAUAUGCAACAUUAAGGCAGCUCAACUCGAUUACUACUAUGCCACAACAGCGGGUCAUUCGCAGGCACGCAGCAGUAGUGCAGCUAGCAAUUGUUGGAGCAACAACACACACAGUGGCAGCGAGAGUGCCCCCGUACUCGCCAUGGAACUGGACACACCGCUCGAUUUGCGAGUGAAUCGAAGUUGAAAGUGAAGAAAUUCAGUUAUAUUUUAAAUUUAUAUACAUACGUCAACUCUAGUCUAACAGUUUAGCUUGUAGUAAAAAUAACAUAAAUACAUAUGUAGUUACAUGCAUAUGGGGAUUGAAGGAGGCCGAAUAUUGCUCAUGCUAAUGUACCUACAUACAUACAUAUAAAUAUU